UGAAACCUGCAUACACUGGGACAUAUUGAUAUCUAUAGAUAUUGUUAUUGAACCCCCUGCAAACUAAACAUAAUGCAUAAAUCUUAUGAACAGUUAUUCUAAAGAGCAUUCCUGACAUCCUCAGACCACCUGCCAAAAAUAGACGUAUUUACACUGUAACUGUUUUGAAAGAAUGGCACUCCAAGCUUGGAAGUCACUGGCAAAGAUGGUUGAGAUAUACAAUGAUAGAUACCCAAAUGCAGGUGUGGUGUGCAUGGGAGUAGUUUCUGGUGCUAUACUUAAUGCUGGGUCACCACACAUGAGGAAAGGCUUUGCAGAAAAUGGAAAUGUAAAAAGUGUCUAUUUGAAAACAUUUAUGAAUAUAAAAAUAAAUGAUAAUAAUAAAGGACAUUACCACAACUUACAAAAUAAUCAGAGAGGAAAAAAACAAGUAGUUAAUACAGCAAUGACUAGACGGAAAUUACGACAAGGUCAGACUAUGGAAGUACAGGGCAGUGGACCAGUCACUGUUUUAAAGUCUUUUAAAGUAACAUUUCCUAAUGAAAGUCAAGGAGUUAUGGAAGAUGCUGAUAACUCAGCAGUUCAAGUUCUCAAAGAUGCGAAUAAUGAAAGGGGAGAGAACUUUAUUGAAAUCAUCUCCCAGGAAACAAAGAAAGAUGAAAAUGUUACAAGGAAAGACAUUGAUGGUGGUUGUAAUUCCAAUAAGAUUUUAAAAACUAAUAGAAAGCAACAGCAAUUUAUGAAUAUGCAACCAGGAGCAGAUUUGUAUAACAGUCAGAUUUGUUGGCAGCCAGAUGUUGAUCCAAAUAAUAAUUUGGACAAUGCAGACACAAUGGGCGAAGAAUGGGAGGACACACGUACUGCUGUAGAGGUAAUUGAAGAGAUAAGAAAGCAGAGACAAAUAAAGGAACCAGAAAAAAGUAAUAAAUUAAUCAAUUUACAAGCUUACAAAACUAUUACAAAUAAGGAAGUUAAGUUAAAAAGAAUGAAGAAAGUUGUAAGAACAAAACGAAAUGCAAAUGGCAAAAUUUUAUCUCAAGAAACAGUCAUGAUUGACCUAAAUUCAGAGGAGGAAGCUGCUUUUAGAGAAAGAUCUGCACACAUUACUCUAGAAUCACAGACAAGUAAUAUGAUUGACUUAACUUCAGAAGAGGAAGCUGCUUUUGGAGAAAGAUCUGCACAUGAAGUAUUAGAAUCUCAGAUAUGUACCAAUAAUAUGAUGAAAAACAAACAGGAAGGAGAGAGAGCAGUUGUACUUAAGAAAAACAGGAGGACAGUGGAAAUAGAACCCUAUCAAAACAAUGCAUAUGUUGCAUCUGGUCUACAAUUUAAGAGCAGAACUAAUAGAGAAGAUACAAGAAGAACUGUGAGGAUAGAUAACUUAUCUUUAUCUACAUCAGAUAAUACAAUCAAGGCAUUAUGUGGGUGUGCCGGACCUUUUCAGGAUUUUAAGAGAGCAGGACAAUCAGCAUUUGUUGUAUACAUGGAUUCUAGGAAUGCCUUGAAGUUCAAAAACAAAUAUGAUAGACAUAUGCUUGAUUUAUCAGUUCUUUCUGUGGAGUUGAUUGAAGACUUCAUACCUAUGAAAUGAUAAUGGUUUGUAAGUUGAGAAAACAGAAGAAUCUACCAUGGGUGUUUCUACGAUGACUCUGGUUUGCUGCUUAAAAAAGAUGAUUUUUCAGAAAUGACAUAUUCAGUUAGUGAAUGAAGAGAUGCUGUAUAAUUGGGUUCAAUAUAAUUCAUGUAUAUAUAAAUACAACUGUUCACCUACCGAUUACUGUGUAAACUUUUCAUAGCAUGUUAACUAGGCACAUUUAAGUGUCAAGGGCCUGGUUUUUUCAAACCUUAUUGUAGGAAUAUGAAAUGUGUUGUUGUGAUCUAAUAUUUGUUGUUGGAAUAUGUUUCAAAUAAAGACUCCUCGUGAUUCAAGAACUGCUAAUAGAUUAUUUUUAUU